AUGGCUUUGCCUCUAUCACGACCAGAGAAUCAACGAUAUAUAUUCUAUGGGAUGGAACCAUCAGACGAAGUGCCUGUCUGCAAUCCGCACGCUGAUAACUUUUUUAACUACACGUGGUCUUACAAACUGGACUCAGAUAUUGUAAGUCCGUUUUUUGUGGUCCGUGAUAUGAACGGCUCUGCUGUCGCUCCAAAUCUGUAUGCUGAAUGGGCAAUGAGCUUGCCCAAAUCUUCUCAGAAGCUGGAAGAAGUCAUGAAGUUUAAGAAUAAAAAUAAAGCUGUUGCUAUGCUCGUUAAAAACUGUAAAGAUAAUGAAGGAAAAUUCUAUGCUAAUAAAUUAAGAGAGGCUUUGAAAGUGCAUGCGGAAGAAUUGGAUGUUUUUGGAUGUAAAAGGGAUUAUCCAUUGGCAGGCAGUGGUGCAGUUAUUGCGAGGGAAUAUUACUAUGUUCUGGUGAUGGCAGGGAAGGCUCACGACUAUGUUACGGAUAAAGUAUUGAAGGCGUAUUGGAAUAAUGCUGUGCCUAUUAUUAGGGCACGAGCGGAUCUUACAAAGUUCCUCCCUCCAGGGUCCUACAUCAACGCUCAUUUCCACACCCCCGAGCAGAUCGCAGCCAUCGUCCACUACAGCAUCAACAACCCCUCCGUUUACCGAAGCUUCUUCAAGUGGAGGAACUUCUACACCUUCCACAAACGAGAGGAGUUUGAUGGGAUCUGCGAAAUCUGCAGUAUUCUCAAUGGUAGGGCUUUGUUUUACUCCAAUUCUAGCGCGCAUUUGAGGGAGUGGUGGGAAUCCAGUCGCAUAAGUAGAAUUAAAUGUGCGUAG